AUGACAUGCGACGUAGUCCCUUUGGAUGUUUGUCAGGUAGUACUAGGUAGUCCUUACCUAUGGGAUAGAGAUGCAACUCUGCACAGGCGGAAACAAAAUUAUACCUUCACUAAAGAUGGGGAAAGUUUAGUGAUUCGGCCUAUAUAUUCUCCUCUGGAGGGAGCAAGCUUGAUCACAGCCACUCAAUCUAAGCGGUUGGUGAAUGCUAGCAUAAAAUUUAUUCUUCUGGUGAUCCGUUCUCUUGAAGAGAAGCCGAGUAGAGUUUUCUUUUUACCAUCCUUGUAUACACAACAAGAAGACGACCUAGAAAGGUUGAAGUUGAAAUAUAAAGAGUUAUUUUUAGAUGUCACGGGUUUACCGCCAAAGAGGGGUGUGGAGCAUGCGAUCAUGUUGAGCGGGGAGAGGUAUUUACUUAAUGUAGGUUUUUACCGCACGUCCAUAGAGGAAUCUGAUGAGAUCAAGAGACAAGUUCAGGAACUUCUAGAAUUAGGAAUGAUAGUGCCAAGUGCUUCAUCUUGUGGAUCAGCGAUGUUGUUGGUACCAAAGAAAGAUAAAGGCUAG